AUGGCAAAGAGGCCUGGAAGUAAGUACAUAAGCAUAGAAGCAUCCGAAGAAGACUCUGAGCUUAGCCAUGAGGAUUUAGAUGAGGUUCAAGAGUCUGUGGUGCCUCGUAGAGAUUGGACCAAGCUUACAAAGGAGCUUGAAGAAAAAUAUGGAUCCAUACCCGAAGACGAGGAGAUUGACGAGGAAGAAGAGGAAACUGUUGAGCAUGGCAUUAAGCAGGCAAAUUUAGUUCCUAGAAACACAUCCCCAAGAUUGUUUAUUGUAAGAGUCAAGAGAGGAUCUGAAAGAGAGAUUCUGAUGAAAAUUGUAGAGAACGAUCCUAAGAAUAUAUUCAGUAUAGUCUGUAAAGAUGGGUUGAAAGGAUAUCUAUACGUAGAAGCCUUCCAAAAGCAACAUAUUAUUGAUGCACUAGAGUCACUCCGGGGAGUUAGCAGAAACCGUGUAUCUGUUGUUCCUCCGAAGGAGAUGAUUGAAGCGAUGACGUACCAUGAACAGAAGAUAUGUGGGGAAUGGGGAAGGAUAAGAAAAGGAAAAUACAAGAACGAUCUUGUUAAGAUCAUUGAGUAUGAUGAGGAAAUGGUAAGGAUAAGAGCAGUUCCGAGGAUUGACGGAGAAAAAAAGCUUUUCAACCCCGAUAACUUUAAAAGCGGAAGUGUCAUAAAGUCUAGGGGAUACUAUGUGUACAAGCGAGACACAUAUGUAGAUGGAUUCUUGGAAAAGGAUGUUUUAAAGAGUAGUGUUGACUUUGAUGUGGAGCCGACUUUCGAGGAGCUUGAGGAGUUUCAGCAAAUCUGCCCUAUAUCUGUAGGAGACAAGGUUCGAGUAACCAGAGGAGAGCUUAUAGGAGUAAAAGGAAUUGUUCGAAGCAUCAAUGGGAGUAUUGCUGUUGUUGAGGGUAAAGACGGGAAGUUUGAGAUUCAGAGUACGGGGCUCGUCAAGAAUUUUGAUGUAGGCGAGAUGGUAUCCUAUAAGGGAGAGAAUGGAGUGGUUGUAAAAAUAGACAAAAAGAGCUGUAUAAUUGCUAUAAGGGACUUUACCGAGGAGUUAAAGGUCAACAUUGAUGAUCUGAAAGGCCCGGUUACAGCUAGCCCAAAAAAGGAAAGGCCUAGUGGGAUUGAACGAAAAAAGGUCCGAAGAGACCCAUUAAUUAACAAAGAAGUACAAAUAUUGUCUGGAGAGUAUAAAGGUCAUAGCGGUAUAGUCAAGGAAGUAGAUAGAAGCAUAUGCAGGAUUCAGUUAAAUUCUAAUAUGAAGUUUGUGCUUGUAGAAAAGGAUCAUAUAAUUACGCCAAGCCGAGAAAUAUCAAGCAGGCCAUUAAGGUACAAUGAAUCGAUUGUAUCCAGAACUCCAGGAUAUAAAACACCUGGAUACAGAACACCUGGAUACAAGACUCCGGGGUACAAGACACCUAGUAUUUAUGCUUCUGAAGAUGUUGGAAUGGACUGGCUCGGAGAAGAAAAUAAUCCAUACAGAGGUACUCUGAUCCGGGUUUCAGAAAAAGAGUUAAUCCUUGAAGAUUACAAAGAUGCUUUGUUUAUUACAAAGGAAAAGACCUUUUCUUUUUCUGAGGUUUCGUUUGUUCAGCCUCAAAAAAAUGACCUUGUCUGUGUGCUAGACGGAGAAAAGAAAGGAACAUGUGGGAUUCUAAUAGCUAUCAAUGGAGACUUUGGAGUUGUAAGAUCUACUAAAGGCCCUGUGGUACAUCUUCCUAUGGAUCAACUUUCCAGAAAAAUUUAUUAA